AUGCCUCUGCAUUAUGGCUGGCAGUCCCAGCAAGGGAAGUUCAGCGGCUCAAGACACCCAUGUAACCCGUUGACCCUGGGGAAAGGAGGCACUCUCGUCUUCAAUGAUACCUUUUCCGUCGUUUUGAGUCAAGAUGCCGUUUUUGAGCCGUCCUGUACUACCGUCAUCGAACCAGAAACAUAUGACCCGUCAACGAUCGUGGAUGUCCGUGAACACUUCUACGCCUCGACGUCCCCGCAGAUGUAUGCUAUUGCAACCGCAACAGUGCUAGCCUACGUCCUCUCCAUCAUUCUUUUCAUCACUCCCCGUACUUUUUUCAUAGGAGGUCGUGGUGGAGGCUUCCUCGGUCGACAUGGCAUGAUCAGUGGGUCAUAUGGCAGCAGUUCAGUCAUUGGCGUGGGCGGGAGGCCAUGGCUGCAGAAAAUAGCAGCAUUGACAGUUGCGAUAUCACUUACGAUUGCCACCGCGGACUCGUUUGCGGUUGCGAAAAAACAGUACGAAAUGGGAUACAUGGACUCCACUGCUCUCACGAACGAGGUUGUCAAUGGUCUCGAAUUACGCAUUAUACGUGUCAUAUCUAGUACGUUUCUCUGGCUUGCGCAGGUCCAGACUCUGAUCCGCCUGUUCCCACGGCACAAAGAAAAAGUCGUUAUCAAAUGGCCUAACAUUGCUGGGUGGGGUGAAUACAUUCGCUGGGUGGGAGCAGCAGCAGCGAGCGUGGUGGUUUGGGAAUGGGUUGAAAGAAUCGAGGCACUGGAGCGUGAGGAGCGGAAAGAUGGUAUUUUGGGGCGCGAGAUUUUCGAUGGAGAUGAAAUGCUCGACGUAACCCCAUCGGAAGUGCCCGGUACAUCCCACAAUAACGGGAAUGGUGGAGGACCUGGACGUGGUUCAGGGUGGAGCCGGUUCGGAAAGCUUUCACAUAACCCGUUUCGUCCACGGGACAGGCCACGUCCUCGGUCACCUCAUAUCCAUGAACACAAAAGGCGCAAAACAGAAGUCACUCCCUCAGAUAUCGAGUUGUCUCUAGUUGAUGAGACAGCUCCGCCUCCGGCUGUGGCCAGCCCAGUCAGCCGAGAGAAUACCACCAGCGCUACAAGCACGCUCUAUUGUGUGCGAUAUCACUCCGUGGGCACGCCGUUGGCCUCUAAUUCUGAUCUAACACGAACGGGGCAGGAAGAAAGGACUGGUUCCGUGGAAUUAACAAAACAGAGCACUCUUCCAAUGGCUCAUAAUAGCAUAGUUACCCCGGUUCCUUCCCGAAAGGUUGGUAUAAGUUGGCUCAAUGCCGUUAACCCUUUCAAACGAAGGCGUGGGUCACCACCACAAGAGGUUGCAACGGCACAAGCGGAGGAAGGAAUGGCUGCCACUGCUACUUUAGCUACAGGUCUCUCCGAAGAACGUGAGAGUCGAUGGAAGUUCCCCCCAGCAUUGAGCAUGGUGGCAUCUCACCUUCACCGAGACUGGAUAGGCUCGUCUGAGAAGCGUGAUACAGAGCCCCCAAUUCUACCUGUCACCGUUAUACCGGUAAAGAGCAAGCGGGAACAGACACAGCGCAACUCAAGAGAAGAUUCCAAUACCCCUAGUUCGCGUUUCCGAUGGGGAGAGUCGCCCGGGGAACGGAAGGGGAUAGAAACACCUCUACCCGUCAUGGUGAUUCCGGCACGAUCACGAUCAGCCAUUGCAUGGUCAACUCCAGGUUUGGACGAGCCUGGCCGCCCCUUUUUCAGCAGUCCGACAAGCUCAAGCCCUAAUCCGCACCCUCUUACUGACCGCGGGACCCCAUCUUCGAUACUUUCAUCCCAGCCACACGGCACAAAUUCUCGAGACCCAGAGGAAAAUGCCACCCACAUAGAUUCAAGACAUAUUCAACAUGUAAUGUUUGAAGAGGAUGAUGAAGAUGAACAAGACGUUAUAUCACAUCGUCCACGAUGCCGGGACGACCGGGACGACCGGGAGCUACAUGAUAAUUCUACAACACCCGAAGGUCUAUCCAGCUCUAAUCCGAGCCAGCAGCCCCCGGAGCCGCCUGAUCCCCGUGCAAGUACUGGGGAAGCCGCAUCUCCAACACAGCAACAGCCUUCAUCCGAUCUCGACAUCAGAUAG